AUGACGAAAGCAAUUCUGGAUGCGAUCCAAGACGCACCUUUGGGGCAAGCAAUCAAUUGGAUAACCAAAGGCAGAUUCUUUGCUUUUCCAGAACAAGACCCCGGCUUCUCCAUCCCAUGGGAACAGGCCACUGUGAAUGAAAAAGAAAAGGAGAUCGAGUCUACCCCAGAUGUGGAUGUCAGUCGCCAUACCAGCCAUACCACCACUCCGCAUCCUGUUUCUCGCGAACAGUCACAUGCAAAUCGUGAGGACAUCGAAGCUCGAAACCUGAGUACUAUUCCGACAGCCAACUCCGCUGCUCGAGGAGAGUUCACAGUUGUCACCACGCGGACGAGGACCAGAGAACAGACACUGCCGUAUUCUCGGGAACGAUUCGAAGUUGAACAAGAAGAGGCCAUCGAGCGUCGACAAAGCAGCGUUAUCGCCCCUCAGAGAACCGCGGACGGCAUCAUCCUGGUGGACUGGUACACCACUGAUGAUCCAGCAAACCCCCAGAAUUGGGGAAGCUGGAAGAAAGUCUGGGUUUCCUUUCUCAUCUUUAUGUAUACCUUCGCGGUGUACUCUGCCAGUGCUAUCUACACCUCGGCUGAACCUCAGGUGAUGGCAAAAUUUGGCGUGGGACAGAGUAAAGCAAGCUUGGGACUGAGCAUGUAUGUCCUGGGGUAUGGCUUUGGCCCGAUGAUCUUCUCUCCUCUCUCCGAGCUUCCGGCCAUUGGGCGAAAUAUCCCCUACAUCAUCUCCUUUGGCCUCUUUGUGAUCCUCUGCGUGCCUACCGCACUAGCAAAUAGCUACGCAUCUUUGCUUGUGCUGCGAUUCCUGACCGGUUUCAUGGGUAGCCCCUGUCUCGCUACCGGUGGCGCAUCCAUGGGCGACAUGUACGGCCUCUUGAAACUUCCCUAUGCUCUCACGGCAUGGGUCGCUGCAGCAUUUUGUGCGCCUGCGCUGGGGCCGCUUUUGUCGGGCUUUUCGGUUGUUGUAGAAGGCUGGCGCUGGGCAUUGUGGGAAGUCCUUUGGAUGUCGUCCCCAAUCUUUGUCCUCAUGUUUCUCUCCAUGCCCGAAACCUCCGCCAACAACAUCCUCUUGCGCCGCGCACAACGUCUCCGAAAACUGACGGGCAAUCCGAACUUGAAGAGCCAAGGAGAGAUCGACCAAGGAACCAUGUCAUUCUCCAAAGUCGCGAUAGAGCAGAUGUGGAAGCCCAUUGAGAUCUUCUUGAAGGAUCCCGCAGUCUUCUUUACGAAUGUCUACACAAGCCUGAUAUAUGGGAUUUACUACUCCUUCUUCGAGGCUUUCCCCCUUGUCUACGUCGGCAUGUACGGCUUCAACAUUGGCGAACUGGGUGUUGUCUUUGUCUGCAUCGUCGUCGGCUGCGUCAUCGGUACUCUCAUCUAUGUGUCGUAUGUGUACUUCUACCUCGAACCCGACAUCAAGAAGAACGGCCUUCGUGCCCAAGAACACCGUCUUGUGCCAGCUCUUUUCGCCACCACGCUCUUGCCCGCAGGAAUGUUUUGGUUCGGCUGGACAUCCACGCCGCAUAUCCACUGGAUCGUGUCCAUUAUCGGCAUCACGUUCUACGCCGUGGGCGCCUUCAUACUCUUCCAGUGCAUCUUCAUGUACCUGCCACUCACCUACCCACAAUAUGCCGCCUCUCUCUUUGCAGCAAAUGAUCUAUGCAGGUCUGCUCUGGCUGCCGGGAGCAUCAUCUACGCGCACCCACUGUACGUCAAUCUAGGUAUCGGUCGAGGCAUCAGCGUGCUCGGUGGCCUGCUCUGCGGCGGUGUCAUCGGCAUCUGGGCGCUCUGGUACUUUGGCGCGUCUCUGCGUGCGAGAUCCAAAUUUGCCAUGAGCUAA